AUGCAAAACACUCCUUCCACAAGCUUCGAGCCUUUCUCCUCUCGAUCUCUCCCCAAACCAUCGCAUCAAAGAACGCUCUCCGUCGCCAAUACCCCGGGCGCAUCAAGAGAUUCGUCAUUGCAGAAAGUAUGGGCCGAUGAUUACUAUGCGGAGGACUUUGCUGGCGGAAUAGCUCUAUCAUUCGAACAAGGCAUCCCUUCUCCCCCUGCGCUCGCAGCCCUCCCUCGAAGCAUUCCUCUCUCUGCGGAAGAGGAACCACAACCAGCACGCCAACCUCGAACCCAUCAACGCUCACUUACCGACUUGCUGCCCUUUCGAACACCCCAUCCAAACUCGAAGUCUCCGGAGCGAAGUCCGGUGAAGCAGAGAAUCGAGGACGAAUUCAUGUCUACCCUUACGGGCGACCGAGACGGCAUGAUAAAGGUUGCUGAUAAAUCGAAAGGUGGGCUGGCCUCUUGGUUUACAGGAUCUUCUGCUCCAGUUGCUCUAGGCGUACCUGUUGGUGGAGAGGAGCUUCCACCUCCCCCCUCAAUGUCUUCUUCAAGGUCCACAUCCCCAGAACGUCAACCUGGGAAGCUCCAAAAACGGCCUACGCUGCAGACAAUGGAUUCCACAAGUAGUGUAAGCACGACGCAAUCGAAACCACAGACAUCGAGGUUCAACUUCUUCUCUCCAAAAACACCCAUCAAGAACACUAUCCAGCUCCCUGCAGACAUGAUGAAUGAUGACGAAUUCCUUUCCCUUGAUGUUACCCAGGCUCUCUUUCCACAAGGAAACGCCCAAGAUCCCUUCUCGCCAGCGUCAUUCAAGAAUCUUCUCAUGAAUGCAGAGGGAAUUUUGCUCAAGCUACAGACGGCAUAUAAACUUCGCACGCUAUCCCUCCAUGAACUCAGCGCGGACAAAUCCGCCAUCGAAGAGGAGCUAGAAGAAGCAUCAACCCGGGCAACAUGUCUGCGGACGCAACUUGAGGAUAUGGCUUCAAGAGUUUCAGAGCAAGAUGCCAAGGUUGCUGAUUUAACAGCACAACUCGAGAGAGAAAAACAGGCCAGGACAGCGGAGAAAGAAGCAAGGGAAAAAUCAAUUGCGCUGAUCCAAGCGAGUGCAAGAGAUUCAAGAAGCUACAAUGAGGUGCCCGACAUUUUGAGCGAGGAUCUUGGCAUAUCAAACGCGCAUGGGAAACAGAAGAAAUGGCGAGGCUCAGCUGAUCUCAGCACCGAAGGCGAUUCAGACACCGAAUCCGAAUCUGUAUUCUCACGUUCCCGCUCGCCAACUUUUACGACCGCCUCGGUUUCGACUAUGGCGAGCACCCCUGAAUUGGGACAGGCUGAGUUUACACGUACGGUUUCGAAUACAAAUCCGCCUUCACAGCGACCAAGACUAUCUUUGCAACAAAAGAGCACAUUCCAGAAGUUUUUACAGGGCAUUACACCAGCUGUUGUUGAGGAGGAUGAUAAGUUUGGUGGCAUUGGAAUGGGAGUCGAUGGAUGCACGAAUUGCCGGGGCAAAGAUGCAAGUGUUGCUUGGGAUACUGUCGGUUUACUACGCGCGGAGAACAAAGGUUUGAAAGAACAAGUAGGGAUAUUAGAAGGUGGGGUCGAUGGUGCUCUGGCGUUUUGCUACACAAUGUCUCAUUCUGAGUGA